AUGAAAAUCUCCAGUCGAAUUGAAGGGUCCUUAUGCGGCACGAUACUCCCGUUCCGAAAGAGCCCGUGGCCGCAGAUCAGCCUCGUGUAUGGGGCCAGGGCUGCGCAUGGAUGGCAAUUGCGGCCGAAGCUGCGCAAGGAGCGCGGCCAGGGUCACAAUGCCUCGACGAACCGCUCAGCUGAGGCACAAUUCUUCUCUUCGUGGACCCCGCAACCAGUCCUGUUGAACCCGUUUCGCUACACGACAAGAAUCGGCGAGUGCACGUUCAGGCUCACGAGCGCCCCGACGGCCACGAGGUCGAGCCAUUCAAGCGCCGAAGGGAAAGUGGCCACGGAUUUUCCGGGCUUCAACAAGGAUGAAUUGCUGUCUUUGGUUGACCAGACUCAAGAUACAACAAUCGAUGAGCAUCUGCAACUUACUAGAGACCCAUACAUGCGAGGGUAUGCGCCAGCAGACGGACCCGACCUAGCCGUUUCGGACCGCCGAGAUGACAAGGACUUUCCAUCGUUCUACGAGACGAGGGGAGGAGGCGAGCACGAGCAGGAGAUUCUGGCCAAACUGUGGCGUGCGGUGCAGCGGAGGCUGAGGAACCCAUACAAAACCAACAUUGAGUACAUCUACGACCUGUACCAGAGCCUUCCCGAGCCGCGGAUGCCAUACCUUCAUGCGAAGAUCCGCCAUGGCUUGAUGAAAUGUCUCGGCCGUGAGGACAAGAACUCCAAGUCCAUGUUGCGCUAUUUUGCCGUGGUCGCGGACAUUCAGCACAGUGGCCUGCGCCUUACCCGGCCGGAGUGGAAUGCUGCCCUGUCCUUUGCGGCUCGCUAUGUGGGCCACUCGACAGAGACUGAGGCAGCAGCGGCCAUGAACUUGUGGAAAGAAAUGGAACAUGACGCUGGCAUCAGUGCCAAUCCGGUCACCUUCAACGUCCUGUUCGACGUCGCCUCGAAAGCCGGCAACUUUGUCCUCUCGGAGUUGCUGUACAAGGAGAUGGAGAAGCGUGGUUUCAAGUUCAACAGGUACCAUCAUGUCAGCUUGAUCCACUUCUUCGGGCUGAAGAUGGACAGCGAUGGCAUCCGUGCCGCCUACAAGGAAAUGGUCGAGGACGGCGAGAUGAUUGACACCGUGGUGCUCAAUUGUGUCAUUGCCGGCCUCCUCCGCUGCGGGGAGGAAUAUGCUGCCGAGCGCGUCUACGAGCGCAUGAAGGCCGCACACGACCGAGCUCCUGCUAUGCCCUACAGGAACUACAUGAACGAUUCUGCCAUCACCAAGGUUUUAAUGAUGUUCGCAAAGAUAUCAAAACAAGACCCCCAGCUCCGGCGCCAAUUCCAGAAGGCAUCGCCCAUCGUCCCCGACAUCCAGACGUACCGCAUCAUGUUGAACCACUACGCGGUCAAGAUGGCCGCACUCGAUAAAGUUGCGCACUAUCUCGAUGACAUGAAGUGGUUUCAGAUUCCCCUCCACGGUGCCGUCUUCCUCGCGCUGUUCAAGGGUUUCGGCCUUUAUGGCGGGCCCGAGGGGCAAGUAUGGGGCCCACAGCGGCUGGAGAGCGUGUAUAACGCCUUCACCCAGGCGCUCGCAGAGAACACACAUGGCCUGUAUGUGGACGUGUGGAUGGCGAAAUGGAUCCUCCGAGCGUACCGCAGAUGCGAUAGCGUCGAUCGGGCCAGAGAGGUCUGGGAGGAGCUCAAACCAAGGUGUGAGGCUGACUUCGAGCCCGAGGACGUCGAGCAUUUUGAGGAAUUCCUGGUCGAUCUAUUCGAGGGUGGAGAGAAAAUCAAGGAUUAUAAAGACACUGGCAUGUUUGGGAAAACAGGGGCUUGGAACUUCGACUGA